AUGAGAUAUAGUUUAAGAAGUUCAGUUGCCAAAGGAUAUGGAACUCCUUCAUUCAGCUUAGGAAUCUCUUCUCAAGAAACUGAUUCUCAGGAGAAGUCCCCUGGCAUUGCACCUACUGAUGAACCUGUAGUUGCUCCUGUCAGUGCACAAGUUGGUGCUUCUAAAUCAGCUGUUGCUGCUGUUGCUGAUGCUGCUGAUGCUGUGAAUGCUCAAGAAGAUCCAAUUGCGCUUAAGAGAAAAGGAGAUGCUGAAAAUGAGAGUUGUAUUCCAAAGAAGCGUAAAGUGCAACCAUCGUUGCAGAUAAGAUCUCUUUUUAAGUCUCGGAUUAUCAACAUAUAUACACCAUUAACAGCAGUUCAGAAAGGUGUUAUGGAUUCAUUUUUUCAUGAGAAGAAAAAUCGUUUUGAUGCAGGGUUUUUAUGCGAGGGUGAGCCUGAUAGUGAAGUAAUGCUAUUUCAACUUGAAAUGCUAAAAACUCAGAGAAAAAUUCAUGGCGAUAUCAUUAAUGCAUGGUCUACUGUUUUAAAUUAUAAUGAGCAAUAUAGAGAUAUCAAUUCUAGUGGACGUUUCUUUUUCGGUCUUAAUGCAGUUGAUUGCCUUUUUCAAUACGAAAGUGAUCGUGCUCAAGAAAGGAAUAAAAUGUUUUGUGAGGUUGUGGAGUUGGAUUUCAGCAAAACAAUCAUCCCAAAGAAAGAUAUUGAGCUUUUCUUUUUCCCAGUAUUUGAAAAAGAUCAUUAUUAUCUGGUAUGUUUUAACACCACCACAGACCGUGGUACAAUUGAGGUUAUUGAUUACAGUGAUGGUCCUAGAGAAAAUAAGAAAUUGCUUAAAAAUCUGAGAAGUGCAUUUUCAUAUUUCAUGGAUGGUGAAGGAAGUAUACAAAGUGUUGUUUUGUCAAAACAGAUCAAGUCUAUGGAGUCUGUACUGAUUGAUUUAUCCUGGAAGUCUUCAAAUGAUCAUCAUUUGUAUUGUGGUGUUGCAAUGAUGAGGCAUAUGGAAACAUAUAUGGGUUUGCAAAAGUGGAAUUCAGGUUUAAAGAAAAAUAAUUUAAGUCUUUCACAUUUCAUGCUUGUUGUUGCAACUUACAGGCUAUGUUCCUCUCAUAUGAGUAUUAAAUGUGUUGGAGAGCACUUAAUUGCUGCAAAUCCUGUUGGACAUAAUUAUUGAAAAACUUCGUUUGAAGUAUACCUUCUCAAUUAUUUCAAGUGAAGUAAAUACUGUUAAACCUGCUAAACAAGUUGUCCAAAAGAAAAAAAAAGGCUGAGGAACCAAGUGAUGCUGAUGAAAGCUAGGGGCAGCAAUCCAAGAGCAAUCAACGGAGAGAGUUAAAGACUGAAGUUGAUCAAUUGUUAUGAUGUUCUUAGGAUUUGUAUAGUUUUUGUAUAGAACAAUAGAAGUGUUAGUUUUAUGAUGUUUUAAUAGGACAAAUGUGACAAAUGUUCUUAGUUGAUCAAAUGUUUUUAUGAUGUUGUUAGGAUUUUCUAAGUAUAACUUUUGCUAUGUCAAUGUAAUGGAUAUCAUUUUCUAUCUUAUUAA